UUUCGUUAGUUAAUAAUUUUUCUUUAGUAUUUUUGAUCAAUUAUCGAAACGUGGAAUACUAUGGUACUAUUACCAUUGGGACUCCACCACAAGAAUUCAAAGUGAUAUUUGAUAUUGGUUCUUCAAAUUUUUGGAUACCGUCCAAAAAAUGCAACACUGAUUGUUUAAAACACAAUCAAUAUGAUAGUACAGAAAUCCAGCACAUAUAUAGCAAAUCAUACUCCAAUUUAUAUGAUGUAUCAUCAGAGGCAUAAUAUACCUAUAUUAUAUGAUGUAUCUCCUUUUAACGUAGAGGGAUUCCUAUCUACAGACGUAGUGAAUAUUGCCGGCUUCAAUGUACAGAAGCAAACAUUUGCAGAAGUGACUAACGUGUCAAACGUACAAGCAUUUAAUAAUGCAAAAUAUGAUGGUAUCUUGGGCCUGGGUUAUUCCAAGUUAGCUGUCAACAGAGUAACGUCUGUCUUAGAAAAUAUGGUUAAGCAAAUCUUAAUGCCACCUAUUUUCAGUUUUUAUUUAAAUAGAGAUUCUUCAGCCAAGUUAGGUGGUGAGUUGAUAUUGGGUGGUUCCGAUCCUGCUUAUUACGAGGGCAAUUUUACAUAUAUUCCUGUUACUGACAAAAAAUACUGGCAAUUUACCAUAGAUGAAAUUGAAAUACGUAAUCGUCAUUCGCAUACCACAAUGUGCUAUAACUGUCAAGCUAUCGUUGAUAUAAAUAUUCAGUUAAUAGUUGCAUCAGAAAGAUAUAUCACGCUUAUUAAUGAAUCAAUUGGAACAACUAAAAAUGUUGAUGGUCAAGAAACAAUAAACUGCAAUCGAAUUUCUGAGUUACCUACAAUCAGUUUUAUUUUGGCUGGUGAGAAGACAGGAAAGUUCAGUUUCGGUGGUAAAAAGUUCAAUCUUAACGGUGAAGAUUACAUCAUUCGGGACCCAGAUAAUGUUACAUGUGUAAGCAGAUUUUACGGAGCUAAUAUGUAUGAACGUGGAUACGAUUUGAUUCUAGGUAGUGCAUUUAUUGGCCGUUACUACACCGAGUUUGAUAUGGAGAAUGACCGAGUGGGAUUUGCUUUGGCGAAAUAA